GUGACUUCCGGUGUCAGUUGAAGUAAUGUGUUCGUCGAGUGCGAUGUCGAGCCAAAAGUUGGUUUUUAGUUUGUGACAACGAAAUUCUAUGACAAUGAAGGAAAACAGAAUAUAAAGAUGCACACCAGGCUGAUAUUACUGGGUGUUUCAUACUCGUUGAGUUUUACAGAUGCUGGUGGUGUGUCUGUGGAGUGUACAGAUCUCCAUGGCCGAAAAAUUGCACAGGGUAUGCAUUAUGUUCCUGGUCCAGAUACGUGCACGUUAUGUGUAUGCGAGAGUGGUAGUCCAAAGUGGUGCAAAGCUGUGUUGUGUUCUCCACCACAAGACUGCAAGUCAUUCCGUGUGGGAAACUCUUGUUGCGAAUUUAUUUGCCUAGAUGAUACCUUGACCAAAACUUCAUCUGAUGGACAUGGACCUGAAGGAGGGACUGACAUAAGUCUGAGAUUUAUAGCCACUGCUGUGACCAUAAUUUUAUCACUUUUUCUCUUUAUUUUUCUGAUUCAUCGUCUCAGACAACGGAAGAUCAGAGGUCGUCAAAAUCGGCAGCUGAGUGAAGAUGAGCGCAGUUUGGGAAGCAUUGGUUACAUAGCCGGAAGCCUGGCAUAUUUGCCUGGAAGCAUGGGUUAUUUGGGUGCUGGGAGCCAGGACCGUCACAUAGAGUUCCAUUACGAAGAGCCUCCAGCACACUAUCCUCUGUGGAAGCCUCCAGGAAAUUACUUUCCCCGUGGUGAAGCACCCCCACCUUACGAAGAAGCUGUGGCGGCAGCAAGAGCAGAAGCAGCAUUAGCAGCUGCAGUAGCAUCUUCAAAUAAUGCCCUCCACCCAGGUGGAGGGAGUAGUAGUACCUUAAUGAAUUCUGGUACAGGGCAUAGGACCAUACCCAUCAACCUGGCUACUAGUGGCAGUUUCAGGAUUGAACCCACAGUUUCCACUGUGGGAAGGGAACAGCAUUUAUUGGAGACAUUAGAACCUUCCAGAUCCCGAUCGGCUGAUGUUGUAGCAUCUCUGCCACCAGCUGAAUCCAGAUGUUCCUUGCGGAUAAUGGAGUUACCUUCUCCUCUCCCGCUGACGACUGAGGAAGAAGGGGCUGUUGCUGCAAUACGCUCAGACGCAUUCUAUGAAGACGUUCUUAUUGGUCCUCCUUCCUCUUUAUCUCCUGUUGAAUGUUUCAAUCCCAGCAUAAUUGCCGUCCCUGGCGAGAGUAUGUCUUGCAUCACAACUGUGAAUAUUCCAGCACUGGAAGUUCCCACAAAUAUUACUGUCCCAUCCUUGCAUUCUGCAUCCGUCUUAGAAGGUGCUGUGUCCGAGGACAAUGAAACCACAAGACUUAAUAAUCACAGGUUGAACAAUCUGAAUAGGAGUUCAGUUGACAGUGCUGCAUGUAGUUGCUCCUAUCAGUGUCUACCCCCACCUCUUCCACCUGAUGACAAUGAUGAUUAUCGCAGUGAGUGUGAGAACUGUAAAAGUACCCAUGGAUCAAGGUAUUACUUGGAUGAAGAACCUAACAUUACCUCACCGCAAGAAACUAUGACACUCCAUCGGCGGCCUCAGGACUAUGACACCGAAGACCAGGGAUAUUAUCGCACAUCCCUCACACUGCCUAUCCAUACACGACGUUUAAGAGCUACACCGCUGCAUGGAAUGCCUGCAUCUUCACUCCAUGGAGCGAGAGAAAACUGGUUUAGCAGUAUGCCAGCUUCCUCGACAUCUUCAACAUCUUCAGAAGAGGAAUAAGAAAGCAUUUACUGUGGUGUAUAGGUGGAUCUGAGAGAGAAGGGAUGAGAUUGUUCAUUUCUUACCGUGAUGGUAUCUCCAUGCACAGCAUGACUCAUGGAUUUGGUCCACCAUUUUACACAAAUUGGGGUUUUGUAAAUGAACGAACCUUUUAAAAAUUAUAAGGUUGAAUGUAUUUAUAGCUAUUUAAUAUCAGGAUUGGGGUACAGAGUUGGAUAUUUCGCUUCUUUCCUCUGAUCCCUUUAUAUAUUUUAUGACAUUAAUUUUAUGGGCCUAUAUUUUAGUAGAGUGUAGUAUUGCAAAUUGGUUUGCAAUACACAAUAGCACAAUUGUAGGGAUGACUACAAUGGUUGUUCUUUUAUACUUCCCAUUUUCUCUCUGUUUCUCUUUGGCAUUGUGAAAUUCUUUCACAAAUGUAUUGCUGUCUCUCUCUCUCUCUCUAUCAUUGUCAGAACCCUUCUAUGAAAGCAGAAAGUAUGUUCAGUUGCCGUGUGCAUAUGGAGUUUAACCUCUGUAUAGAAACCGUGGGUGUAUAGUGUUCUGUACAGCAUUUUAGUUAAUGGCCAUAGUAAAAGUUCAUUAUUAAUGUAUGACUCAACAGACUUUUGCUCAUAAUAAUCUUGGAACACUGUUUGGUACUCAGAUGUCUUUCCCUAAAAAAAAAAACUGUUUAACCGAGGAGCUCACCUCAUCUGAUCACCCUUUAUUUUCUGAGAGUAUGGAUUUUAAAUCUCUUGCUUCUCAGGCCUGCCACUCAUAUUUUAACUCUCUGGUAAAAGUAUCUAGUCUCGAAAA